UUAACACAAGUGAUACAACCAACAUUUUUUUUCUAAACUAAAAAUGAAAGCCAUCGUGAUAAUUUGCCUUUUUGGAUUGGUUCUUGCUGUCUACAAUGCUCAAGCCGAUGCCGCCGUUGAGAAUGUCGAUGACGUGAGCGAUAGUGAUGAAUCCUUGCCAGAUGUUGAUUCACCCGAGGAUGUGGAAUCUGAUGAGUCACCUGAAGACGACGACCCGGAGGACAUAGACAGUGAUGAAAGUGAUGAGAGUGACGAAGUUGUUGAGACUCGGCCACCACAAUAAAUUUUCUGUUUCUGUUUAAAUAAAUCUCUGCUUAAAUAAAUAUUAAUUAUGUACGCGAAU